GGAUACAUCCCUCGGUUCAGGCCCGCGCGGUGUAAGUAUAAAUAUGCAUGAUAUCUCCUGCUGUGUUACAUAGCCUCAUAGUAUCUCCAAAGUCCCUCAUUAAUAGUUCCCUUCAACUCCUGCAUUUAUAUUCAAUCACAUACUAUUCCCACCUAUCGUUUCUGAAAUCCCCUCAACCUCUCCCAAUCGUAAAAACAAACACACAAUGCCACAAGCCCGUUGCAACUGCGGCGCCAUCACCGUCGAGGCUGCCUCCGCCCCCAAGGACCCUAUUCUCUGCUAUUGCUCCAACUGCCAACGCUCCAGCGCCGGCCUCUGCAGCGUAAACUACAUAUUCCAAAAACCCGACGUCCAGAUCCACGAUCCGAGCGGUGCCCUGCGGAGCUAUAGGGACGGCGACACGAGGAGCGGGAAUGUGCUUACGCGGCAGUUUUGCGGCGUCUGUGGGAGUCCAGUAUCCACACUUCUAUCCGACGACUCCCCCAUCAUAGUCAUCAAAGCAGGCCUAUUCGACGGCCCGCUCCCCGAACCGAUCGACGAGGUGUGGACCGAGUCCAAGGCGGCGUGGAUGAAGAUCGUCAAGCAGGAAAGAGGGGAACGGGCGAUGCUGUCCUGAGGUGCUGGGUGCUUUGUAAUGAAGUGGGAUGGAGGUUAUAGAUUGUGAAAGGGGAAGGAGAGAGUGAGAAAGGGGGCGAUGCUGUGCUGAGGUCCUGGGGGCUUUGUAUUGAAGUACGAUAGAGGGCAAAGCUCGUUGGGUAGAUUUCGACUCGGCUGAAAAGCGAGAUAAGGCUGCUGCUGUGUUAAGACUGGAUGUCAAUGCAGUUCGUUGGUCUUUUUACUAAUGUUUCUAUUUCCCC